GUCCUUAACAAUUACUUCAGUUUUCGGCCGAAUCGCGAUAUCAAGGAGAUGUCUUCUAUAGAAGAGACCAAAUUGGACGCUCUGCCGAAGUCCUACGCCGCCUGGAGUCUCCCCUCUGGCAAGCGGGAUCCCCGAUUUCUCAUCAUUGAUCCUACUAAGGGUCCGGAUUCAACACUUCUGGGAACGAAGAGUCUUGACGAGGUUGCGGCUUCGUUCAAACGAGAGUUCGACAGCCUUCCCACUGGACGAAUACUGCCCCACAGCGCUGGCAUGAAGACACUGAACCGAUACAAAAAUCGUUCCGAGCACUCCCUGCCCUAUGAUCACAGUCGAGUUAAACUGAAACGCAGCCUGAACAGCCCCGAGAAUGACUACAUAAAUGCUAGUUUUGUGGAUGGAUACAUGCGCCGGAAGGCCUACAUUGCUGCCCAGAGCCCUUUCAACGCCACAACUGCUGCAGAUUUUUGGGUGAUGAUCUUCCAAUGCAACGUCUCCCAAAUUGUCAUGUUGACCAAUCGGAUCGAGGGUGGAAACGUUGAACAGGAACGAGCCUACGACGAGGCCCUGUUUGCCAACGGCCAUACCAACAGCGUUGAGCGUCAGUACGAUUCCCUCCUGGUGCUCGCCUUGGACUCCACCGAAUACGCCAACUUUACCCUACGUCGAUUCCAAAUCAGCGACCUCACCUCGGGUGCUGUGCAGCUGGUCAACCAGUACCAAUUUCAUGACUGGCAACCGCGCCGAUUAUUCUGUCCCUCCGGUCGUUGGCAUCGACGUGGUAGCAGUAGUGGUCAAGCGGUUCGCGUACAAACCCGAACAGCAACAGCAGCGGCGGCUGCGGGUGAGGAACUGACUGAUUUCGACUGUCUGGCUCUCAUAGACUUCUACUUCCAUGUUGUGACGGCCAGGCGGCCUGAAGAUGGACCUCUUCUAGUUCACUGUGAAGAAGGUAAGUCAUUCCCGCGUAGUGGAUACUUCGAUAUCUAUUUAAUUUACCGAGGUCUUUAA